AUGUCUCAUCCCAGAUAACCUUCAUAUGAAGUAGAAGAGGAUAAAACACCUGCUUUUGAGAUAUUUGACUUGAAAGCUAAUAAGCAAACCAAAGGGAUUACUUGGUAAUUUAGAAAUCAAGGAGAAUAAACGACUGUAAAAAACAAUAUUACAUAAGCGAAUACAUUUCAAUAAAAUUAAAAAAAGGUAUUAGCAUUUAUUAAUAAAUUAAAAUAACACCUUACCCUAAAAAAUAAACAACAUAAAUUUAUUAACUCAUUGCUUUUUUCUCCUUUAAAUGCUGGAAAAAAGAUAUAUAAGAAUUCUCUUUUACCUUAAUUAAAUUUGAUUUGGGAUUCAAUAAUUUUCUUUUUUUGUGUGAUAAUAUUGAUCAUUUCUCCAGUAGAAUACAUUUACUAAACAAAUGGGUAUGGGAAUUAUUUAUUUGCUACCUUGAUUAUUCUUAUCAUUUUGGAUUAGAUAUAUAAAUAUAUUUCUCAAAUGUGCUAGAAAGUAUAAAUGUAAUAGAGUAAAUAAUUUCUUGAAUAUAUUUUUAAGUCAUCAAAAAUUUUGAUGGAUACAUCUUCUAUAGUUUUACUUGCCAUGCUAAUACUUUCAGACAACGAAUUCAUAAAAACGAUCAGUUUGCUAAUAGUUGAACUUAUAAUUUAUAAAAAGAUAAUUCUAGCAUUCAAUAAAAGGAUAUAUUAUGAAAUAAGUGACUUAACUAUCUAGAUUGUUUAAAUUGUACAUACAUGCCACUACUUUACAUGUAUCAAUUUAAGAUAAUAAUUCUUAAUAAAUGAUUAAAUUAAAGAAACUUAAGAAAUAUUUUAAGAGUACCUAGAGAUUUAUGUUAACUAUAUUAUUUAAUUUGGAAAUUUCAAAUUAGAUGUUGAAAUUAAUACUUUGUAAAAUCGAAUUUUCAGUAUCUGUACAACAUUUAUCCUUUUGUUUUAUAAAAUUUUAAUUAUAAAGUUCAUAAUUUUAGAUUCUCUUGAAUUUUACUAAUAAUUCAAAAAAAUAAAAGAGUUAAAAUUGCUCUAACGAUUCUUGUACAAAUAAAACAUUUCAUAAACUUUAAAGUAUUAAAUUUCUAGGAAGUUAGAAGAAGUAUGUUUAAAGGAUUAAAAUUUGUAAAACAUUGAAAAUUAUUUUGAAUAAUGUUUAGAAAAGGAAAAAAUAUUCCAAGAAUUUAAAGAACAGUAAUUACUCAAUUUUGUAAAAUAAUUUCGGAUAUUUUCUCAAUUUUCCAAAUCAACUUAAUAAUAGAUAGCUUAAAAUCUCACCCCAGUUAUUCUAAAUAUUAAUGAUAAAUUCAUAUGUAAUCACUAUGGGGACUAAUAUAAUAUUUAUCUUGUAAAUUAAGGUGAAGUAGCAUAUGGCUUAACAGAAUCAAUACCAGAGUAUUAAAAAAUAUUCAGUGGGCAAUGUUUUGGUUAAUAUUCCUUUUUUACUGGCUAAGAAAAUCAAAAUCUAAUAACAGGUUUAGAUUAUUGCCUACUUUAUAAGAUAAGCAGAGAAAAAUUUCUAAAAAUUAUAUCCUCUAAUAUUUAAGAUUUGGUAUUUAUUUAAUUAAUCAUAGGAAAUUGCUGCAUUUAUUAAGGAUUAAAUUUUAUUUAAUAACAACUAUUAAAUCAUAGAUGUAGUUUGUUUAUAUUGUUAGGAUAGGACACAUUUAUUAAUUAACUGUCCAAAAAUACAUUUAAUAAAGAACAAUAUUGAUUUUUAUGAUAAAUACCUCUAUUCUCCAAAUCAACCCAGAAAGUCAUGUAAAGAUUAUUUAUUAUAUAAUAGAUGAUAAAAGAAGGAAACGAAAUUAACAUAGUUUUCGAAAUCAUUUUAAGUAAUUAAAUGAAAUACAGUCGAAUCAUGUUGAAAUUGAAGAAGUCUCAUCUGAAUUUUCGUAGCAAUCAUCAAGUGUUAUAGAGUAGAAUUAAGAAAAAAAUGAGUUGCAAUUAUAAGGAGAAUCAUAAAACAAUUUCCUAAUUGAAAUCAAUAAUGAGAAUAUCAAAUAAAAUGAAUAAUAACAGCAACUAGAAUAUUUUUAACAAAAUUCAUCUUAAUAACAAUAAUAAAAGUCCCUAUCUAGGAAUAUUUUUGAUUUGAAAAUUUCAAAGAUAUUGAAUAAACCUCAUUCUCUGAAUAUCUUGCCAUCGCUCUAAAGUAACACAAGUCCAAUUUUCAAUCUUUAAACUGCUAGUUUACCUACUGCUACCGAAUUCUUAAAUUUUGUUAGUGAUGUAUUUUAUCUUUGAAAUAUUAUAAGAAUCCUUGUAUGGAAGAGAUCUAUAAAAUUAAUUUAGACAGAAUGCAGGACUUUGAAACCUAUUAUCCAGAAUAUAAUAUUAACAUGGUCCUUUUUAGGUAGAUAUAUUUACUAUCUAUAUAAGAAUGAAAAGACACAUGAAAAGAAACAAUGAAUCAAAGAGUAAAUUCACAAUUAAUUAAAGUGCUGCACUAACAAUAGGUAAGAUAAUAAAAAGAUGAGAUUAGCCAACCAAAAUUUGAGGAUUUACAUAAAUAUAUCAAAAUAAACUAUAAAUUAAAUUUAUAAAAAAAAGUAUUUUAUUAUUUAGUAAGUCGGGAAUCAGUUUGA